AUGAAUGACUUCGGAGGUGUCUUUCCAAGUUUCAUUGGAUCACCAGAGAAACUGAAAUACCUCAAUCUCUCUGGUUUAUAUUUUGUUGGAGUCAUUCCCCCCAAUCUUGGAAACCUCUCAAGGUUGCUUUAUCUUGAUCUUAAGAGUUUUGGAACUCUUGAGACUGACCUUCAGUGGGUUGCAACUCUUUCUUCCUUAAAGUACCUUAACUUGGAAGCAGUGAACCUUACUAAGACUACAUCCUAUUGGCUUCAUGCUGUUAAUAUGCUCCCUUCACUUGUUGAAUUGCAUUUGCCCUCUUGUGGUCUUCCCAUGCUUCCUCUCACUCUUCCUUACAUCAAUUUCACAUCCCUUUCAAUUCUUGAUCUCUCUGGCAAUAAAUUCACCCUCCACGAUACCUCCUUGGAGUUUAACCUUGAACAUAAUCAAAUGAGUGGGAUCAUCCCAAAAAGUCUUGGGGAGCUCUCAUCGCUGGUUUCACUUGAUAUCUAUGGCAACACAUGGGAAGGUGCCAUUACAGAAGCUCAUUUCGCGAAACUUGGAGGCCUAAGAGAAGUAUCAAUUGGAAAUUAUCCCCCAAACAUUUCCUUGGUUUUCAACGUAAGUUCUAAUUGGAUACCUCCUUUCAAAUUAAUAUACUUGUACAUUAGAUCAUGGCAACUGGGUCCCAAAUUUCCUACGUGGCUUAGAAAUCAGACCGAGUUGACCACGGUGGUACUCCGUAAUGCUAGUAUUUCAGGCACCAUACCAGAUUGGUUUUUGCAGUUGGAUUUGCAAUUAGAUGAACUAAAUUUCGCUGAUAAUCAAUUAAGCGGCAAGGUGCCCAAUUCAUUAAGAUUCAGUUACGGUUCCACUGUUGAUUUGACUUCAAACCGCUAUGAGGGCCCACUCCCACUCUGGUCCUCAAACAUUUCCCUUCUUUAUCUUAGAGAUAAUAUAUUUUCAGGGCCAAUUCCUCAUAACAUUGGUCAAGUGAUGCCCAAUUUGACAUGUCUAGACAUUUCUACGAACUCUUUGAGUGGAAGCAUUCCCCUGUUCUUGGGUAAUUUAAGCCAAUUGCAAUUCAUAUUGAUCUCAAAUAACCUCUUGUCUGGUGAGAUUCCUCAUUUUUGGAACAAUAUGCCAUCAUUGGGUGGUAUAGACUUGUCAAACAACAGUCUCUUUGGCACAAUCCCAAUAUCUUUAGGCUCUCUUACUUCACUCAAGUUCUUGGGCCUCUCCAGCAACAACUUUUCAGGAAGCAUCCCUUUAAGUUUAUGUGGCCUUUCCGCUCUCCAUAUAUUGGACUUCUCACACAACAAUCUUUCCGGAAAUAUUCCCCACUGCAUAGGUAAUUUGAGUUACUUGGAAUCUGAGUUCACUGAUGAAGGUUUCUAUGGUUACUUGGGAAGAUUUGAAUUGGUGUCAAAAGGAAGAGUGUUUGUAUAUGAUUAUGACUCCAUGAUCAUUUACCUUGUUACUAGCGUUGAUCUCUCGGACAAUAAAUUGUCAGGAGAGAUACCUAUGGGCCUAACAAGCCUUAUAAACUUGGGCACCUUAAAUUUUUCCAUGAAUCAUUUGACAGGAAAUAUCCCAGCAAAUAUCGGAAACUUGAAGUCUAUAGAAACUCUUGAUCUAUCAUUGAACAAACUUUCAGGUUCAAUUCCACAGAGCAUGGUUAAUUUGACAUUUUUGAAUCAUUUGAAUCUGUCAUACAAUAACUUGUCCGGGAAAUUCCAACAAGUAACCAGUUUCAGACCUUUGUUGACCCCUCAAUUUAUAAGGGCAACCCCGAUCUUAGCGGGUGUCCAUUACCAACUGGUUGCCAAGACAAUGAAGAAGCACCUCAAGUUCCAAGUGUGUUCGUGCCUAAAUAAAUCACGAUCGUCAGAAGGGACCUCUUCUCGGCCAUGGCACCUGUUCAUGGACUGA